AUGUCUCUGUCUCUCUCUCUCUCUCAUUCUGUGGUCAUCAUCACCUUUCCUCUCGUCUUUUCUGGUUCUCCCUCUUUCUCACUCUUUCCUUCUGUGUCCGCAGUCACUCUCUACUAUGACCCACUUUCUCAUAUUCACUUACAUAUUCCUUCUCUCUCUUCCUCCUUAGUCGCUUCCCCUCUCUUUAUUCACCCUCUCCAAUUAUUAUCGUUAUUUGAGAUUAAUUUUGUGAAGGUCUCUAUUUUCUGUCCUCCCCUCUCUCUUUUCUCCCUUAUAUAUAUAGUCUCUCUUCUCUCUCUCUAUUUUCUCUCUCCUCCCUCUCUCUCUCUCUAUUUUUCGCUCCUCUCUCUCUAUUUUCGCUCCUUUCUCUCUAUUUUCGCUCCUCUCUAUUUUCGCUCCUCUCUAUUUUCUCUCUCCCUCUCUAUUUUCUCUCUCCCUCUCUAUUUUCUCUCUCCCUCUCUAUUUUCUCUCUCCCUCUCUCUCUCUAUUUUCUCUUCGCCUCUUUUUCUCUCUCCCUCUCUCUUCGCCUCUUUUUCUCUCUCCCCUCUCUCUUUUCUCUCUCCCUCUCUCUUCCCUCUUUUCUCUCUCUUCCCCUUUUUCUCUCUCUUCGCCUCUUUUCUCUCUCCUCUCUCUUCGCCUCUUUUUCUCUCUCCCUCUCUCUUCCCCUCUUUUUUCUCUCCUCCUCUCUUCUCCUCUUUUCUCUCUCCCUCUCUCUUCGCCUCUUUUUCUCUCUCCCUCUCUCUUCGCCUCUUUUUCUCUCUCCCUCUCUCUUCGCCUCUUUUUCUCUCCCUCUCUCUUCGCCUCUUUUUUCUCUCCCUCUCUCUUCCCUCUUUUCUCUCCUCUCUCUCUUCCCCUCUUUUUCUCUCUCCUCUCUCUCCCCUCUUUUCUCUCUCCCUCUCUCUUCCCCUCUUUUUCUCUCUCUCUCCUUCCCCCUCUUUUCUCUUCUCCCCCUUUUUUUCUCUCCCUCUCUCUUCCCUCUUUUCUCUCUCCUCUCUCUUCGCCUCUUUCUCUCUCCCUCUCUCUUCGCCUCUUUUCUCUCUCCCUCUCUCUUCCCCUCUUUUCUCUCUCCUCUCUCUUCCCCUUUUUUCUCUCCCUCUCUCUUCCCUCUUUUCUCUCUCCCUCUCUCUUCGCCUCUUUUUCUCUCCCUCUCUCCCUCUUUCUCUCUCCUCUCUCUUCGCCUCUUUUUCUCUCUCCCUCUCUCUUCGCCUCUUUUUCUCUCUCCCUCUCUCUUCGCCUCUUUUUCUCUCUCCCUCUCUCUUCGCCUCUUUUUCUCUCUCCCUCUCUCUUCGCCUCUUUUUCUCUCUCCCUCUCUCUUCGCCUCUUUUUCUCUCUCUAUAG